AAUAAUUAAACAUGGCGGAUUACGAUUGUGAGAAGGCAGAGAGGCCUUCAAAAAAUGAAGGCAAGGAAGUUCUGAGCGAAUUGAGACAAUUGAACAUAAAGUUGGCAGCACUAGAGAGAGACGAUUCACUCAACCAGAAGAUACUAAGUGAACAUUUUAAAGGAGGGCUGGAGACUGAGAGAGGAAGAGAAAGGAGAUCGCAGCAAAAUGAGAAGCUUGAAAUGAAACACAACAUUAAGAAAACACGAUUGAAAGUUGACAAAGUCAGACACAUGCUUCAAGAAAAGGAAACUGAGCAGCUAUGUACAUGUACAUGUGUAGAAAGGAUGAAGGAGACUCUGGAAGAGAUCGAAAGAUGCUUUCUCCGUAUGAAAGAGAGCCAGAAACGCACAUAUGAGGAGCUAUUGAAACAAGAAAGGAUCAUUUGGCAAGAAGUGAUGGCUCAUAAGAGACAGAUAGACUCAUGGACGACUGCCAAAACAGAUGAGGGUCAUGUGACUAGUGGUCACGUGAUUGGAACUGACAAAGAGAAUCAGGAAGGAUCUAGUCUACCACCAGCAGUGACCGAGUUUCAAAAUUUCUUAUGCUCCAAAGGUGGUCACUCUGGAGGCUGGGAAGAGAUUGAUAAUAAAGUAUUUAUUAAACUUUGGAAUAAGCAUAAGGCUAAUGAAGAAUCAUUAAUUGAAGAAGCAGUUCGUGAAAUCCCUUCACAAUCAAUGGAGAGCAUACAGGAACACAUCAAGUGGUACAGAGAGUACAAUGUAUUGCAAGGAGAGAAGAAGAAAGCAAUAUUGGAAUGGAGAGAGUUAGAGAAAAGGAAGAAGAUAGCAGCAGCUAGUGCCUCAGACAAGAAGAAGGAAGAGGAGGAGGAAGGAAGAGAGAAGAGAAGAAAGAGCAAAGACAAACUUCAAGAAAAGGAAAGGCUGGAAAAGAAACUUCAACUUGAGCAAUGGAAGAAAGAGCAAAAGACACAGAAGGAGUUAGCUGCAGCCGAGAGAGAAGAAGCAAGAAGGAAAGAAGAGACAUUGAAAGAGAAACAAAAAGAAAUUAGACAAUCUUAUAUCAGAAAACAGGCAGAAGAAUAUGCCAAGAAAAAAGAUGAGGAGAAAAAGCAAAAGGAAGAACUGGACAAAGUCGAACAAGAGCAUCAAAAAGAAAGGGCCAAAGCAGCAAAGAAGCACAUACAACAAUUUCAAUUAAGAGAUACAAAGAUAUUGCAAGCAAAGCAGGAACAGCUAGCAGUUUUAAAAGAAGAGGAAGAGGCAAAGAGAGAGAGACUGGAUAAGCUGAGAGGAACGGUGGCUGUCAAAGUUAGCCGUGAUCCUUCAAGACUUCUAAAACCAACUAGCGUAUGGGAGGAGAGACAAAAAGGAGGAGCAGAUAGUCCCACAGUUCCCCUCCUUUCAAUUCCUAAAAGGGCAACACCAACCUGGAGACAAAAUUUAUAAUAGACACUCAAAAACAAUAAUAUCACUUAAAGUAAAGUAUAAUUAUACUUUAUUAUUACAGUUUAAUGUCAA